GUACGAUCAAUGAAGGGUUUACGCUGUAGCACAACGGACGCAGGUUCGUUGCUUACCGUGCCGUUGUAGUCGUUCGUUUCGUUUGUUUUAUUUGCCUCAACCGUUGGCCUGGCUGUUAUUGGUUUGUUUUAGUUUUGUGUGAAGUGUGUGUGUGUUUUUUUUUUCAUUCUUCUUGAGAUUCCCUGGAAGAACACCUGUUCCAACGAAGUGAUCCGGUCCGGUCCACUACGGUAACGAUACGUUUGAGUGCUGUAACAGUGUCUGGCAGUAAAACACAGUGACGGCGGACAAAAAAGGCAUACUUUCUUCCUUCAGUUCAACCGUCAAACAAAGCUGGGGACCGGGUCUCUUGGGGUCCGCGGUGGUGAUAUCAUCAUCAUCAUUAUAAUUUUUACUUGCUUCACAAGUAACUUCAACUGUUGGUCGGGGAGACCCCUUGUCAGCCGUAGUGCUUAACGCGAAACCGCCACAGCCGUAAUAAGAAGGUGCGGGUGCCUUUAAUUUAUACGCACCGGAGCGCUGCAGUGUCGCCGAUCCGACCGCCGAGUCCUUCGCGGUACACCUCAUUCUGAACGGACGCUUCCGUGACUUAUGGGAAUUAAGUAAUUAAAAAAUUUCGCCUCAUCAUCAUUAUUGCCGGGGCAGCAGCAUCGUGUGACCACCAACUUCAACAAGCUCCAGCCCAUUGCCCAGCUUGCGUUGAUUCGGCGACCUCGACGUCAUCAAUCAUCUCGUGUGCUCGGUAGAAGUGCUUUAGACAGUGUUGUGUGCGUACGAGUGCGUGUCUGUGUGGGGAUUUGUUUUUUUGGUGCGAGUUCCGCAAACAUAACCGAUUGGUUUUACACAAAAAAACAGUGCCUGCCUGUCCGCCGCAAGUGUGAAAGUGUCUGUACAAGUGUGCUUUACUGUGUGUGUGGGACCGUGUGCGUCCGUAUAUGUCUGUUGUUGAAUUUCGAUGCUGCCACAGCGGAUCGAAGACAUAAUUUGAAGUGUUUAAGUUAUUUUUUCUCGACCGCCGAAAGUGAUCCCACACAAGCCUUCACACUUCUGCGGGCGCAUCAUCAUUAGCGGCGUUGGUAGAAGCUGCGAUCAUAAAUUAACCAUCCACCGGCGGCGGCCAACCGACAGAGUGACAGAGUGAAAGAGCUGGGUGCAAGAGGAGGAAGGAGCCAUCGCACGUAAAGCUCGAGAACACACACACACAGACCAAACGGAUGCGGAUGAUUUGAUCGAGCACGGAUCAUGCUGAUCGCCGGGUGGUCGUUGCAGUCCAUCGCUUAAUCAUGAACGGUAGCAGUGGUAGCGGUUCCGUUGCAGUUGUGGACCACCGUCCAAAGGUUCCUGCUGGCACUGCUGGUGGGCCACGGCAUCAUGCGGCAGCGAUCGCAUCCUCUUCCGCAGCGACUUGGACACCGCACAGAUCAGCCAACCGACCAUCACCCAUCACCGGGCAGGAUAGUUUACCGCGCAGGCAGAAGCAAGAUACGCUCGAAGCCGAACGAAACGCAAGCGAGGAUGAGGAUGAUAGUGGUUCGGUGCAGAGCGAUGGGAACGAGUCCUCGUCCGGGACGGUGAGUGACUUCUCGGUGGAUGAGAUACCGGUGUGGAUCAAGGGCGAGCAGCGAUGGAUAUCGGGCGUUUCGGAUGACACCACGUGUGGCGAUCUGAUCGAGGUGCUGAUGCAGCAGGAACAGGGCGCCGGAGGGCCAACGCCGGAUGUGAAGGAUUACUGUAUUACGGAGAGAUGGCGGCAGGUGGAGCAAGUGCUGGACAAUGGGACGAAAAUUUGGCAGAUCUGGACGGCUUGGGGGAAAGCGCAACCUGAGGUGAAAUUUAUUCUUCGCCGUGUCGAUGGUUCCCAUGGUCCGGUUGGAUCGGGAGGCAAUGGUGCUGCCGGUGGCACACACGGCACGGUGGAGCGCGAUCGUGACAGUGGUCGCGGAAGUCCUACGGGCAGCAUCAACAGUGCAAUAGUGCGUCGCAAGCGGCACCGGGCCCAGAAGUCGACCUUCGCCUGGAUGACGCACGGCCAGACCAUUCAUCCAAAGUCGUCCAAAACGUCGAUCGAACGGUUGAUGAAGUUGAUCCUCGAGCAGGGUGACAUCAUCCAGCAGCAGCUGUCAAAGUUGCGCGAUCGAGAGAUGCAGAUCAACAUGAUCGAGGAGGAACGGCAUCGGUUGCGUGAGCGUGAGCACGGUAAAAACUAUCUCCUCGAGACGUACCUGAAAGGAUUAACGGAAGCAACCGAGACGGAUCCGAAUGCGAUCGAUAGCGGCAUUACAUCCGAGGCAACAACUACCGCCUCACCGGAGAUGGACUUUGCACCGGACCAUGACUCGGACAAUAACGCGUCGGCGAGUGGUGAAGCAUCCUCGGUGAAGGAGCAGAUAAAACUGCUCGAAAAAAUCGUCUCACUAAACAAACAGAUCCAGCGGGAGGAAGAAUCUGCGGUUAAGCUGUUCCAGAGGGUCCGACACUACCAGCUCGAGGAUCCACCGGACGAAGCAAAGACACAGCUUGAAGAAGCACUGGCAAAGCUCAACUCCUCCAUCGACAAGGACAAUCACGAGCUGCAGAUGAUCGAUGAGAGUCUUCGCCAGUCGGAUGCGAUGUUGCAGGAGAAGACCGAUCUGCUCCGUAGUCUCACGGAAGAGCUCAACCACCAGGAUGUGGUGGAUGCGAAAGUUAUCAUGGACUUUUCACAACCUACCCCGGUUAUGCGGCUCGAUCGAGGACUGGGAGAGGUUCAGGAUAGUCAUCAGCAAGUGGCUAUGUCCCAUGCAUCUCAUCCACCGUAUCAGACGAUGACCUUCGGACCUGGUAAACCUCUUCCAAGCUAUCCACUGUAUCCGAUCGCCGAAAUCCCCACGAAACCGGUCCCAGUCCCGGUAGGACCAGGCGAACCGGCAAAGAUCGUUAUAGCUAGCAACACGCUGCCCAGAAACUUCCAGCGUCCAACGCUGGUAGCGCCGAGCGGGUUGCCCGGGCUAACCGUACCUUCGGAUGCGAUUUCCGUGCAUCAGAUCAACAAGUUCAUCCAGUGCAGCAACAAUCUGGGCACAAACUGCAAUACCAACAUCGACGACAAGGUCUGUCCAAAGCAGCUGUUCCAUUCGGCCGUAUCCUCGGUAGAGUGUCAAAGCACCGUGAAAGCCUUGACGGAGGACUUUGCCAACAUGGGAACGCUCGUGUAGAACGCAGAGAAGAACAAUAUUCAAACAACUUUCGCAACCAAAUCAAACGAAACCGAAGAAUUAGCAGUCGUGUUGUAGAUAGAGCCGGAGCGAAGACAUUGCAAAGACACAUCACAUAGUCGCGAGUUUAUCGUUUAAUACAAUCCGUACCAUUUAAGGAAGACAAAAUGAGCGACGGUGGAGAUAUAUGUUUGCCCCUUGUUAUUGAUUUAUGUAGAAGGUGUGAAUGUUUUGCGCGUGUGUGCGUGUGUAUCGUUUUGUGUAUCGCUAGGUUUGUGUUUGCUCCUACCGUCCAGUACAGGCGUCCAAAUCGUAACGGCGCUUGCUGGCUAGUCAAAUGGUAAGAUUUCAAAGCAUUUUUUGUUGUUGGUUUGUUUUUUUUUUCGCGGUACAUGAGUAGUGUUGAUCACGAAAUGAUGCAUUAUAUCAUAGAAGAGAGCUUUUGUUUAGUAAAAUAUCGAAGUAGCUAGUAGAAUGGUGGGCAGUACAUCUGGUGGAAUCGUUGCAAUUCGUGGCCCGAACACUUUAGAAGUGUGAUUAAAUAAAGAUAGGGUGAAUGUGGAAGGAAGGCGAAUAACUUAACCAAAAACAAAAACACAGCACGUUCAAUACCAUAUUUAUACAAAUUUACCUUCAUGUGGAAUGGCUCGAUUGAUAGAAAUAAAUGUUAUUGAAUAAAAUGCUUUUUAUUUAA